CUGGGGCUUUGGGAUUAUCAAUGAGCAAAUUACCUCUGAUCCAGCAGAGGGUCUCAGGCAGACUGUGCGCGUCUGCCAGGGACUGAAGACUCCCUCUCUAGGGCUUAGGAAGGAUGGGAGAAAUGAGGGACAAAUGACUGCACUUUAUUUUGAAGUAGCGCAUGUAGUCUAUUCUUAACAGCUCAUUAUUGAUACUUCUUUUUGAUAUGAGGCCCCUCCUCUUUUCCUUUGGAGCAUCAGCGUGAGUGUGUUUUGUUUGAGAGUGGUGGCUUAUGCUGAAAGAGGCAGAGGGCUCUUCUCCCAGGAGGAUUCUUCUCACUACCAGCUCUUCAUUGCUCUGCCUGGGUGACUUUUCCUGCAGCUGCACCCAUGACUCUCCAGAAAUGCCUGCUGCAAAAAUAUGGACUGUAUUACCUCUUGGCGCUGCUCACACUUUUCAUGUCACAAGCUGACGGGCUGCAAUGCUACGCCUGUAACAUCGUGCAUAACCAGAGGUAUGUGGACGUAGGCUGUUCCAGCCCCGAAGUCAUCACCUGCUCCCACUCCCACAAGGGCUUCAAGCAUCGCUUCUGCAUCAGAACAGAAAGUGUUGCGUUGGGAGUCACGCUGACUAGCGGCUGCGCGACAGCACGACACUGCCACACCGAGGAGCUGCCGGGAGUCAACAUCCACUGCUGCGACUCGGACCUGUGCAACAGCGCCACCCGCUGGCGGACCACCGCGCCGACGCUGCCUGCUUGCUUGUUGACGUUUUCUCUGCUGUUUCAAAGGUUGAUCCUGUGGACGGGAUAACUUUGAACUUCACGGCAGCUUCCGCUUCCGAUGCGUGACAUGCACGAUGGAACUUAUAAUAUAUAUAUAUAUAUAAUUAGGCCUAACCUUAAAAGACGUGAGCACGGACAGUGGAGGAGGCCUGUAUAUAUGGAUAAACCAAACCUUCCACGUUGUCUUUGCAGCAUUAGCUAAAUCAUUCCAAAAAGAAGAAGAAGAAGAAGAAGAAGACAAACUCAUUAAGCCUCUCAAGCACUCUUAUGCCCAACAAGAAAAUAUUUUGUAACCAUUGUUUCAUUCUGAAGCAUUUUUGCUCAGCUAAAAAUGCUAAUUGAUGCUCUUUGCAAUGAAAAUAUGUGCAAUUUGAUCCCGUUUAAGGCCAAAUGUUCUCAGAAAAUGCCCUAAAUUAAAUUUAUAGCCUUUUGUUUAUUUGAUAUUGUCUUACAUAUUUUAACCAACUGAGCCGU